AUGCUUCGACGGCUCUUCGUUAUUGUGCUCAUCAUCAUUGGGCUCAAUUUCGUGGUUAACACCGCUGAGCCGACGUUCCGCCGUUAUCCGAGAUCAUUGAUUGAUGAUAAUACAGUGACAAUUGAUUGUGCUGGUAGUCAUGCAGAGUCACCAGAGUGUCGUUCGGUAUUGGAAAAAAAUGAUACAUCGUUGAUUGGAGGACAUACUGGGGCAAUUCAGGAGGAAGAGAAAUCUUGGAACUUUGCGGAUUUGUUUGAUGACAGUAUCGGCGAUGAAGCUCGUGGCAAGAAGGGGAAGAAAAAGGGGAUGGGAAAGUACUUUAUCAUCAUGGCUGGAGCAGCUAAAGCCACGCUGAUGUAUGUUAUGCUACACGCUGUUGCUCUGCUUGCUGGCAAAGCACUGAUCGUCGCCAAGGUUGCUCUGGCAUUGGCGGCUGCUGUUGCUUUAAAGAAAGCACUUGAACACAACGACAAGACGUCAGUGGAGAUAAUAAAACAUCCUCAGCACAGUUAUCAUCAGACCCACAGCUCUAGUGUAGAUUACGAUCACGGUGAUGGAUUUGAGGGGCAUCGACGAAGAAGAUUUGCACGAUGA